AUGAACGGAUGUAGAUUCCCAGUUGGGCUGGCCCACUCGGCCGUCGAGCGUCAGCAACUAGUUCCAUUCCCUAACAGUAAUUCGCCUUUUUUCUCUUAAUGAGCAGCCGGCUUAAUUUGAUUAUAGGCCGUUUUACGCUCUUGCCUGCCCGAGGUGUUCCCUGCCAUUGUCCGGAAGACCCAUCUUUUUUAAGUCGGGUGACACGAGCAGACAGAUGCCUUGAAUCUCACUCGCUUCUUCUCUCUUAAUAUCAAAAUCUGUGACCCUCUUUUCAUAAAAAAAGACCAAGGAGCAGGCAUGGCGUUCAACAGGCGGACCGUCUUUCUGAGCGUGUUGACGGUCUGGGUGCAGGGGUGCCUCGCCGCUCCCUGGCGAGAAGGAUCUGGGGCGUUUCCAGCGCUGAAAUCAGAGGAAGGAACAGUCUACCGUCAGACCCUGGCCUACUUUGCCGACCAGGAAGGCAGCGGUUACUCCGAAGCCUCGGCGUUCUCUUCAAGCUCCGGUACGAACCCCAUCUAUGUCCAGGCGAGUAGUAUGGAGCCCUCGGUGGAGGAGGCCCUCAGUAGCUCCAUCUACAUCGUGCCCGACGGCGACGCCACCGAAGGCGAUUCCGACAUAGUGUUCGCCGAGUCCGACACUGGGGAAUCGAUACCAGAGGACGCGACGGUGGCCGAGAGCGACCUCUACGAGCUGGACCAGGAAGGGAACCAAAUCGACGAGGAAGGGGAGGAGAUGGAGGGGUCCGAGGACAGGGGAGGGGCACUUGGUGAUAAUGAGGUCGUCGACAUCAGGCCCACUGAACCAUCGGAAUCCACAACCCCUUCCCCUGAGGAGGGCGGCAACGUCAUUCCCAACAGCGUGCGCCACCACCAUGACUCGUCCAACACCGGUAACGACCUGAACAUCGUCUCCACCGAGCACGGGAACGAGGUUGGAGGUCACAAAGGUCAAGCAAAUGGGAUAGGGAAGGAGGCAAAGGGUGACUCUGAAUCAGACGGGCUGAGUGGUGCCCCUGGCAGUGGCAUUAUGGCCCUUGUCAUGUUUGUUGCGGCCAUCGGUGUAGGCGCCAUGCUAAGUUUUUUGCUGCUCGGCCUGAUCAACAUUGCGAAGAAAUUCUUCCGUAAGAACCCAGAUCCGUGAAAUCAAAUAAACGAUCAGACGUAGCGCUUUAGAGUACUAAAAUAAUCAUAUGAAUUCAUUUCUUGAUGACAACUUUUCAACUCAAAUUUCUUUAGAGGACUGCCACCGUCCCUGUUAUCACCACUAACUGACUAUCAGGUCGCAAUACAAACAAUUCUAAAGAGGAACCUUCAUCAACAUUUUGCAAUCGUUUAUAAUUUCCAUGGUGACCUGCCUUUGUUUAAUUUUUGUUCAUUCGCCAAACCCAAGAGAUUUCUUUUUCAGAAAUCUGCUUCUCCCCGAAUUCGUUCUUGAUAUUGUACAUAAUUAUUUUAGCGUGUAUUCCAAUUUUUUUUCUGUUUAAUAUAAAGACAGGCAUGUCAAAUGUUAAUUCUUCCAUUUUUACUUAAUAAAUGUGACAUAUGCUUCUGAUAUAAGACAUUCUGA